GGCGUGCGCACUUUUGAGCUUUGGCUGGGUCGCCGUAAAUGCUCCAUCUUGAGUAGAAUUUAGCUUGUGAGCGGUGUGUGUAAUUUGUGCGACGAAAAUCCGAUGUUUAUAGUUUAAAGUGUACAGAAUUAUUUCAAAAAAUGUCUUCGAAUAAUCAGAAACUGUCGACCACGCAACGCAUGAUACAAGCCGUACCGUUUCCUCCGAGUCAUAAAUUGACAGUGGCCGAAGUUUUUGACACGCGAACGGCGAAACCACGGCCGGAUGUACUAAAGCAACAUUUUAUAUUGGAAGGCCGCAUAGACGAAUCGGCCGCACUUCGCAUCAUUAACGAGGGCGCCGCACUUCUACGAGCAGAAAAGACAAUGAUAGAUAUAGAGGCUCCAGUUACAGUAUGUGGAGAUAUACACGGCCAGUUCUAUGAUCUUAUGAAACUUUUUGAAGUAGGGGGACCACCCGCCAGCACAAAGUACCUUUUUCUGGGCGACUACGUCGAUAGAGGAUAUUUUAGUAUAGAGUGCGUUUUGUACCUGUGGGCCCUUAAAUUGUGUUUCCCGACGACACUUUUCCUCCUACGUGGUAACCACGAGUGUCGCCAUCUUACAGAAUAUUUCACCUUUAAACAAGAAUGUAAAAUUAAAUAUUCGGAGCGAGUGUACGAUGCCUGCAUGGAAGCGUUCGACUGCCUGCCCCUCGCCGCGCUUAUGAAUCAACAGUUUCUUUGCGUUCACGGAGGCUUAUCGCCGGAAAUACACAAUUUAGACGAUAUUCGAAAGUUAGACCGAUUUAAGGAACCGCCGGCGUUCGGUCCAAUGUGCGAUUUGCUUUGGUCGGAUCCGUUAGAAGACUUUGGUAACGAAAAUAAUGCCGAACACUUUUCACAUAAUUCAGUUAGAGGCUGCUCAUACUUUUACAGCUACGCUGCUUGUUGCGACUUCCUUCAAAAUAAUAACCUACUAUCAAUAAUUAGAGCACACGAAGCACAAGAUGCGGGGUAUCGCAUGUAUAGAAAAAGCCAGACUACAGGUUUCCCAUCCCUUAUCACAAUUUUCUCGGCGCCAAAUUACCUGGACGUCUACAAUAACAAGGCGGCAGUACUAAAAUAUGAAAAUAACGUAAUGAAUAUACGCCAGUUCAAUUGUUCACCGCAUCCGUACUGGUUACCGAAUUUCAUGGACGUGUUCACGUGGUCGUUGCCGUUUGUAGGUGAAAAGGUUACGGAAAUGUUAGUAAACGUGCUCAACAUUUGUUCGGACGAUGAAUUGGUUUCGGACGGCGACGAGGGACUGGAGGAAGAUGCGAAACAGCCAAAAAUAGUUUAUAAAAGUAAGGGUACAGCAGCCAAUCUUCGAAAGGAAGUCAUUCGCAAUAAAAUCAGGGCCAUCGGCAAAAUGGCUAGGGUAUUCUCAGUUUUGAGGGAGGAAAGCGAGUCGGUGCUUCAACUGAAAGGGCUCACACCGACGGGCGCGCUGCCGCUCGGGGCGCUGUCCGGUGGCAAGACGAGCUUGAAGAACGCGCUGCAAGGAUUCUCGCCAAACCAUAAGAUAACCAGUUUCGCGGAGGCGAAAGGUCUGGACGCGAUUAACGAACGUAUGCCUCCGCGUAAGGACGCUCCGCCCUCGCCCGCGGAGGAGCCACCACAAGAUCAUAACCACACUCAGUCGAACGCGCAUUCGUGAGCUAAACUAAAUAACUGAUAGCAUCACAUUGCUUAAUCACGGGUUGUUCGACCUUUGAUGGCGCUCACCUUAUUACAUGUUACAUCUCUACUAGCUUUUAGUAAUUUUCAUUGUUGGGACGACAGGCUCGUUCACAUUAAUUUGAACAAGUAGCUGGUCUGCUUCCCCUUUGUACAACAUUUCCGCUGUGCGGACCUCACUGUACAUACUACUGUCCUUCUGUCGCAUUGUUAAUAAAUUACAUUCCAAAUGAGAACCGGGUUUGUAGCGGUAGAUAUCCAAAUUUUCGUGUUGUAUUCAGUGGAGCAGUAGUGAAAAAAAAUUUAGAAUGACGUGGUUGUCGCAGUGUGUAUUGUGAGGUUUGUACUGCGCAACUGCACGUCGUGAGUGAUAAAAGCGUGCCAUACUUACCUGUCGAUCGCCACAUUAUUAUCGUCAUCGAUCAUCGCCACUCAUUUUAAUCAUGUUCACUAAGUGUGUGUAUUAAUUUAAAUGUAAAAGAUAUUGCUAUAUAAAUAUUUAACUAAUGCGAAAUUAAGAGUUUCAUCGUGCGGAUCAAUUACAUUGUAUCUCUCUAUUAUUGUUAUGAAACUUCUUUUUCUCGUCAAACACAUCUUUGCUACGACUUGUACUUAUUAAGUUUUAUUGUUUUUUCUUUGAUUGUACAAAAUCGCUCUGUGUCCGAGCUGUAUAUAUGUGUAUAAAUAUAUUAAGUGUUUGUUGCCCCUGUUCAAAUCUUCGCAUACAUGUGAAUCGUUUAAUUUACGUACGUUAAGAAUUUUCUCCGUUCAUGACCAAUGCAAGUUCAAGACAGUUACGGACAAAAAAUCCGCUUCACUCCGACACAGAGUUGGUAUGAAUGCUAGGACUUCUGUUACGCGUGCAAGUGUGUUAAAUUAUAUAAUAUCUAUUAAUCUUAUUGAAUUCUGUAAAUUUAUUAUAUUAUAAAUAUAAAAUAUUAUGAAAAUAUAGUUAUUGCAUAGGAAAUAUCUCAAACCAACUAUCGAUAAAGUUAGGAUAAAUAUAGUGAUGUUAGUCGGUAAACUUCUUCUUACCACAGUUUUCCGUUGAAAGACGACUUGGCGCGCACUCUGUACGAUUUUCCCAUCUACCCUGGUGAUAUUGUAGUCACUAGAACGAAGCCGCCUAUGCAGUUUGAACACAGCAAUAUUGUUUUUGACAAUCAUUGCAUACGAGUAAAUGUACGUCAUUUUGAUAAUUUUACGUUGGAAAAUCGUACAAAGCGUUCCGAUUAUUAUUAUUUUGGAAUACCAUCACUAGUAAAUAUCAAAAGUUUCAUGUAACGUCCCUUAACUUUUAUACAACUAUUACUGAACAGUUACAUAUUUUUUAACGCGCUGUGUAAUACUGAUCGAUCAACAAAGGGCGAGAGUACGAAUGCGAGGCAGGUUCUGGCCACAGUUCGAGGUACAGUUUGUCUCAGAUUUUAACAGCACAUGCCUGGUCUGCUAAAGAAUACUAGUCAUGACUGGUUUUAACCUCUAACAUGUAAUCAGAAUCUUGCACCAUCGUGCAACUCACAACUGUUGGUAAUUUUUGUAUUUGUACUCAAAACAGAUGUAAUUGGUUACUUCUAUUGGAAAUACGUUUGGAGAUCUGCCGCACUAAUCACUGUCAUAAACAAAAAUUGUCAAAUGGCGUACUCUGCUGCGCAAAUUUUGCGACUUUCAUCACGCGUUCGGAUAAAAAAAAAAUUUUUGUGGUUUACCACCGAGAAGGUUCUACGAAAUACGUACCUGAAAAUUUAUCUUUUUAAGUCGACGGAAGUCACCACAAAACAAACGA